AUGGCGUCCUUAUGUUCAUUUCCACGCAUUUCUUCUGCAGAUCCCAUCAAGCAUCUCGCCGCCGCCCCCUUUCCGCCGUCCAAUCGCCCGAUUAGACCAUCGGCGUUGUCUCUCCGGCAAAGCAGCCGCAACCAGAAAAGAACUUCUACGAUUGUCGCCGCCAUCGGAGACGUCUCCGCUGACGGCACCACGUAUUUGAUCGCCGGCGCCGUCGCUGUGGCUCUCGUUGGUACCGCCUUCCCUAUACUCUUCUCUCGCAAAGACCUGUGCCCGGUAUGCGACGGCGCAGGGUUUGUCCGGAAGUCGGGGGCGGCGCUGAGGGCCAAUGCCGCUCGUAAAGACCAAGCUCAGAUCGUUUGUUCUCGUUGCAAUGGCCUGGGCAAGCUCAAUCAAGUGGACAAAUAA